UCCUUGGGCCCCGCCUUGAGAUGGCAGGAUCCCAGAGCGCCUCCCAGGCAACUCUCGAGACUGAACCCAUGGCUACCUACAAGGAGGUGAGCGUGUCCGGCUUCGAGGAGUUCGACCAGGCUGUAAAGGAGCACCAGGGUAAGACCAUUUUCGCCUACUUCAGCGGUUCUAAGGAUGACGAAGGGAAGAGCUGGUGUCCGGACUGCGUAGAAGCUGAGCCAGUCGUUCGAGAGGGGCUGAAGCAUGUUACGGAAGACUGCGUGUUCAUCUACUGCCAAGUGGGAGACAGAUCUUACUGGAAAGACCCAAAUAAUGACUUCAGACAAAAACUGAAAUUAACCGCAGUGCCUACACUACUUAAAUAUGGAACGCCUCAAAAACUUGUGGAAUCUGAGUGCCUUCAGUCCAACCUCCUGGAAAUGAUAUUCGCUGAAGAUUAAGAUUUGAUGAUAGGCCGGGCGGUGGUGGCGCACGCCUUUAAUCCCAGCACUCGGGAGGCAGAGGCAGGCGGAUCUCUGUGAGUUCGAGGCCAGCCUGGUCUACAAGAGCUAGCUCCAGGACAGGCUCUUAAAAAA